AACAACAACAACAACAGGCGGGCAGAGUUUAAAAGUGUCAACGAACGAAAUAGCCGUUGGCUGACGUUCCGAGUAUUUCUGUUCACACCUUUCCGUGUGCUUUCUUGAAUGAUGGCUGCAGGAGAAGGAAAGCAAGCUCAACUGUUGAGGCUCGUACUGCGUAAAGCAUUCGAAGACGUGAUGGAGAGUAUCUCUUUUGCUGAGUUAAUUGGUGAAAAACCGGGUAUGAAGAAGAAGAAAGUCGACAGAUUUAACUCAACGUGCAAGACCGAACUUGGCCAAGAAUUUCAAGGCAUUGUCGAGUCACUUUUCCGGGACGAAGGCAUGGAUCAGUUACUCAAGAGUCGUCAAGAACUGAUUGAAGAACAGAAGGACAUGGAAGGCUGCACUGCAUGGAGACCCUCAGGCUCUGUGGUAGAUGAUAUGCUGUCAUUUAAUAUGAACGUCAUUACAGCAAAGAGAAAGCAAGCAACAGUCAUGUGUGAGAAAGCGGAACGGGAAGUAGAAACUUUAUUUAGUCAAGUGCAAGAGGCUCGUGCCAAAGCAAUUCACCAUCAAAAGCAGUUAAGUGCAGCUGAAGAUCAAUCAAAAAAUUUGAUUGAAUUUAUAAAUACUCAAGAAGAGGCUCACUUACGUACUGCGUGCUCUCUUAUUAUUUACUAAGGAUUGCAUAAAGUCAAGGAAAUCAAGAGCCAACUGAUUGUUUGUGAACUGCCCAGUAUUCUUCUCCAAGUGGGAUGAAAUGUUAUAAUAUCCUCACUAUAUCUUUAUUAUCAUUUUUUAUUUUUCCUUUUUUCAUUAAAACCUGCCAAAGCAA